CAAAUUGAAGAAUUUGACACCACGGAAAGGAGGACGAAGAAAUGGCUACGAGAUAAUAAAAAUAACAACAAAAUAACAAAACAAAAAAAAAUAGCAAAAGAACAAGUAUUAAAAGAAUGGUGGAAAAAACUGCACGAAAUUUCGUUUAAGCCAUGAGAAAGGAGUAGUGGCAUAAGGAUGAGGAUAACUCCAAGGAGGCUAGUGUAUUCAGGACUUUUUGCCUUAGGAAUGUUGUGCAUGAUUAAGUACAUCAACUACCGAAGAGAUGAGUCUGCCCAACCAGAGUGCCUAAACCGUAGACCAGAUGACCAGCUCAGAGUCAUCUUCCUUGCUGAGCGGGUUCAUAGGGCUUUGGAAAUACUGCAAGUGCAACAUUUCAUCUGUUACGAGAGCCUUUGGGCUUCUCUCUAUAAUGAAGGCCCAAGAACGUGGGAACAUGUUGUUGAAAUGUGUUUGAUAGAUGACACUUUGGCUCAGCAAGAUGAAGCAUUUAUUGGCAGGUUCUUCAGGGCACAAGACCUUAUCCUUGAUUAUGAUAUGCUGGAAGGUGUCUAUGUGGUCAAAUUAAUGGAUAAAGUUAACUUUCCUGGACUUCCGGAUGCGGUGAGUCCAGAUGUCAGCGCUCGACUGGUAUUAUUUCAGCAACGGUCCGAAUUCAUGAUGAUGCGCAAGGCCGGUUUGAAAAGAGCUCUUUUACCUGACGAUUGCGAAAAUCCCGUGCUCGAAUGCUUUCCUAGUCAACUUGCCUUACCUCCGCUUUCGAGAAUCAAGUACGGGCCGAAUCAGUAUUUUCCAGCACCACGUGAAGGCAUAGAAAUACAAAAAUAUCAUUACCCUGAUGAUUGGUGGCUUCAAAGAAAGAUCCCUUCUUUGUGUUAAUUGUUUAAACUCCCCCGUGAAAUUUUUAGUCCUGAAAUCACCUUGUUUCCUAUUCCUACCACAUUGAAAAUACAUGCCAAUGUUUAACUCUU